ACACUGCACACUCACUGUGACUCAGCCGCGCUCGCCCUGCCGGAAACAGCCUCUCCACCUCACACACAGCGGUGGGGGGAGGUGACCCAAAACCCAGCCCCAGGCUGAAAGCACAGAGUGAAAGCUUUGUGCAAUUGAGAAAUCCACCCGGGGUGGUGACCCAGACGAGGUGGAGCUGGGCUGGGGGAACAGAUUCCUCUGCACUGCCCUGCGAUUCCAAACGGUGCAAUCCAAGCCUGAGUGUAAGGCCUCCCCGGCAGCGCUCCGUGGGGCUCUGGGGCAGCCGUGGAUGCUGCGGGUGAGGGCAGGUGGGCAGUGGCGUGUGGUCCAAGGGGCUCUUGGCAGGGGCCGGGCCACAGCGAUGGCUAGCACGGGCCCAGCGGAAGAAGACCAGGGGAACAGAAGCAUCCACUCCGACAACAUCCCCACCAUACACAAUGUCCCCAUGAGGGUGCUCAUCAGACCCAUCCCCUCGGUCCUGGAGGAGAGCAAGGUGACAAGCCUCAUGAAAACCAUCCAGGAGGAAGAAGACAGGGUGCCUCCCAUAGACAUCCUCUGGAUCAAAGGCAGCCAAGGGGGGGAUUAUUUCUAUUCCUUCGGGGGGUGUCAUCGCUAUGCAGCAUACAAGCGGCUGAACAGGGAGACCAUUCCUUCCAAAAUCAUCCCGUCGAACAUCAGCGACCUUCGCACCUACCUGGGCGCCUCCACCCCUGACCUGCACUAGGAGCCGCUCACUGGUCAGAACAGACCUUCUGCAACAGACCAGCGGCGGGAGCUGUUCGCUAGGCAGCCUGACUCCUGGAGCCCAGAGCCGCCUACCUUAUAUCAGAGACCCGCUAUCAACCCCAGGAAUGGGAGCUGCCCGCUUGACCCCUCCACACCCAACCUCACCUGCAGGGGGAGCCCUUUGCCGGGCUCCAGGGACUCUGCGCCUGCCACCUGGGAUGUCCCAGGCUGAAGCAGCCAGGGGCACCUGUCUUGCAACGGGAGCUAAGCCCUGGAUGGUUUUCUGCAUGUCUUUGCUGCUGGUCGCCCCAGGGGCUGAGAUCUGACAGGGACCAUGAAGCAGGCUGGGCAGAAAUGCCUCUAUGCAGAGGCCAUGCUCCCGGCUGCAGGUGAGAUGGGGCGGGGUUGCAGCUGCAGGAGUGUCUAUCGAUCAUAAGCGUGAGGGAGCCUCGCUUCCCACUCUCAAUGGGUCGGCAAGGAGCAAGGCCACACAGGGCUUGGGCUCUGACCCCAGAGCCCAGAUAUUAUGGGAAAGGAGGGGAGGUCAGGAAUGUCCCAGCACUCAGCUGGGAAAGGAGGGGCUGUGGGGGAGGGGGAGACUUGGGAUUUAUUUUAUUGCAGGGGGAAACUCUUUUAACCUAUUUAUGUAAUAAAACUGAAUGGGA